UCCUUCUUCUUCUUCUUCUUCUUUUUUCUUUAUUACAUUUCCUUUUCUUCAGCAAAAAGAAAAUAUAUUCAAUUCCUUUUUACCAAGCUACAAAAACCUGACCAUUUGAUCAUCAUCUUCUGCCACCGGAUACAAGUAUCGUGGGCUCAGGCCCAACUAUCUUGCCUCAAACCCUUUUCAAUUAUCUAGUCCAUUUCUUUUCUUUUUUUUUUUUGGAAUUUUUCAUUUUGUUUCACCUUUUUACAUCGCCGGCAGUAAAAGCAUCAGAUGAAGUCCAUUUAUGGUAGUCGACUUUGCCGAGAAUUGUCCAUCCUGCGGAGCCACCCACUCUGUGGACCGAAGAAGCUACAGAUCCUCUCAACGUACCCAUAAGUAUUGUCAACACCAUUAUUGAACCACACAUCAUUUUUCCGAAAGGAUAUUUCGGCCCAUGUAAAAGCCCAAGUAAUGGUAUCUGUAAAAGGAUUAUAGUUGGAGCCGUACAUCCAAACAGAGCUCCGCGUUCCUUAUCCCGAACAAUUUGGUCUUCAUCGUCUCCCUCCCUUUCAAUUACAUUGACGAACGAAAGAAAGGUUUUCUUAAGAGUUUAGUGACUACUUCUCACUUGUACGGCUACUGCCAUGGCGGCUUCAUUCUCGGGCUCCACUGCUCCCACGGCACCGGUUCUUCGAUUCAGAGCGAACUACUCCAAGUCUCUCCUCUCUCUCCCAGAUUCGUGUUUGAGGAUAAUCGCUUCAGCGAGAUCUCCCUCUGCUCGCUUAUUCGCGUGUUCGUUAAAGACCGACAAGCUUCGCCUCGGUGCGGGCCUCAAUCUCUCCGGUGGCCCCGUUGUCAAGCGUUCUCUACAGAAGAGAUUGGUGAUAAGGUCUGCAACUAUUGAAGAAAUAGAAGCCGAGAAGUCUGCAAUUGAGAAUGAUGCUAAAUCAAAGAUGGAGAAGACCAUUGACACGCUUCGUACGAGUUUCAAUUCCAUAAGGACAGGGAGAUCCAAUGCAGCAAUGCUUGACAAGAUUGAGGUGGAGUACUACGGAAGUCCAGUAAGUCUGAAAAGCAUUGCCCAAAUCAGUACCCCGGAUGGAAGUUCUCUUUUGCUACAGCCAUAUGACAAAUCCAGCUUGAAGGCUAUCGAGAAGGCCAUCGUGAGUUCUGAUCUUGGAGUCACUCCUAAUAACGAUGGAGAUGUGAUUCGUUUGUCCUUGCCUCCUCUCACAUCGGAGAGAAGAAAGGAACUAUCAAAGGUUGUAGCAAAACAGUCUGAAGAAGGAAAGGUUGCAUUGAGGAACAUAAGGAGAGAUGCCUUGAAAUCUUAUGAUAAACUCGAGAAGGAGAAGAAGCUGUCAGAAGACAACGUGAAGGAUUUGUCAAGUGAUUUGCAGAAACUAAUUGAUAUAUACAUGAAGAAGAUAGAGGAGCUGUACAAACAGAAAGAGAAGGAAUUGAUGAAGGUGUGACUAUAAUGGGUUGUAAGGAAGACGUUACUGAGAACCAUCCGGUACAAUCCUGCACUCCCAACUCCUUCUAUUUACUUUUUUUUUUUGUUUUUGUCAAUUGCUGAGGUCUGCUUUAGUUUCUAUUACUUUUUUUCUCGGUUGGUUCUUGGGGUACAAGAAAUCCUGUGGGAAUUGAGAGCAACUUUGUCUAAGUGUAUUUUCAGUUGCAAAAGAUUAGAAGAAGCCUGAUGUUUUGUUUCUGUGUUAAAAGAACCCUCUUUGUACAGCAAAACUCUUGUUAAGUUGGUUCAUCACCAAAUGAUCACAUCUUAGGGGUUUGGAGCU